AUGGGCCAUGAUGGUGACUCUCGUCGGCGAAGACGCCGCGGCCGCCGCCGUCGCCGCCGUCGCCGAGGGCCGCGGCAAGGGCUCGCCCCUCCUCUCCCGCCCCCGCCACCUCCUCCUCCCGGGAGCUUCUCCACCAUCGACUGGGACCUCGCCGGCGCCGGCGCCGAGGAGGAGGAGGGGAUCUUCACGUGGCACCACGUGGAGCUCCCCCGUGGCUCUCAGCGCCUCGCCCUCAACGCCCAGUUCCUCAUCGAGGUGCUCUGCCCCCCGUUGAAGCUCCAGGAGAUCCUCGCCCUCGCCAGCAAUGGCCCCUACUGUGGCCUCGUCGACGGCGCCCUCGUCUUCCGCGUCAACUCCCCCGGCCCCGCGACGAGCCCCUUCACCCUCCGCUUGGCCGCUAGGGUUACGGAGAGCUCCCUGAUCACCGUCUCACUGGGCCGCGUCCCCAGGCUAGGGUUCGCCCCCGCAGGCCAGUCGCUGCUCUCGGAGAUCCCCAGCGUCGGCUUCGCUGCCGCGGCGGCGGUGGCUGCCCCGGAGGAGGAGGAGGAGGAGGAGGGGGCCGCUGCGGUCGCGGCGGAGGAGGGGAGCGUCGUGAUCGCCGAGCACGUGCUCGAGAAUUUGCUCACGCUGAACCACUCGGAGGAGGCCGACAACCCCGUGCCCCGCACUGUGGCGAACCUCGUCGUGCACGUCGUCGACACGCACGUCGACCAGGUCCAGGACAUCGUCACCAAGCUCGAGAUGGACCUUGACGCCAUCGAGAUCGAGUUGGACAAAGGUGGUUCUUUAAUAAAGAAACAAAUGUUGGAUGACCGAAGGUUCCCCAAAAUGCACCUGAAUUUACAGCGCCUUCUACAGGUUGUUUCUCAUGGUGAGCAAGUGUUUCCACGAGUGAAGGAGAAGUGUGUGAGCAAAAGUUGGUUUACAAAUGAAGAUGUCGUCGCUUUUGAAGAACUAAUUGGACGCCUGAGGAGAUUAAAAGAAAGUUUGGGAUUUAUAACAAAUCGAGUUAUAGCCGUUCAAGCUGGUCUCGACAGUUGGCAAUCGGAGCAAAUAAACAGAAAACUUUAUUAUCUUUCCUUCCUUUCCAUGAUUUUUCUCCCAUUGUCUAUCGUUACUGGAGUCUUUGGUAUGAAUGUUGGUGGUGUGCCAUGGACCGAUCAAAAGAACCCUGAAUUGAAAGAUGGCUUCAUCAACGUCAUGGUGAUCUGUGCUGCAAUUUUAUUUCUCCUCCUGCUUUGCUUCCUCUUUCCAUCUCUCUACGUGCGUGUAUCGUCUUGGAGAAGCCGCCAUGCCCUAAAGAGGAGUUUGUCCGUCAACAGAAGACCGUUCGUGCGAAGAAACAUUCCGAAUGGUCAUCAUAGAGGAGAUUAUAUGCGCCUCUAAAACUUAAACAUUAGUAAGGUUCAGGACUUUUGCAUCUUUUACCUAUUGAGAACACUUUUUCUCUUCUGACUGAAGAUACAAUUUCUCGGGCUUCUCAAGAUGCGAAAAACAAAUCAGCGGGGGGGGAACAUUAUGUACAUAUAUCAUGGUGGGGGUGGCUACAGAGGGGUUCGACGACAAUUCAUUUAUUUGAUGUACAGAGCUGGGACAUCAUUUAUUAAAGCUCCAAUUUUUCUUCUUCUUCUAUUAUUUCGACAUCGAAGAGCAUUUGCUAUGUUUACACCAUUAUCCCGAGGGCCUUAUUUUCAUUGUGGAAAUAGAAAUUCGCAUUUUUCCUUUUUCUUGUAAAA